GUCGUCGAGGCAUUCAUUAUUCAACUGUGGUACACACACAGUCCGACCGGCUGUGUCUGAGUCUAUUCACUGGUACAUCGGUACAACAGAAAGACGUUCUCUACCACUGCCACACCACUGUAGCUUUCUUGAUGGGCGAAUUCUAGAGGUAGCUUUCUCGGCUUCACCUCCCUCUCUGACAGCCAGCCAGAUAGCCUUGCUCUCAGGCACUUACUUAGGCAGGCAACCACCCACCCACACCCACACCCACCAUCACGAACAUUCCCAUCACGCAGCGGUGUCAGCAUGUCCACCACCGGAGGGAAUCGUCAGCUCAUCCGCAUGCCCACGCUCAUGCUCAUGCACCGCCGCCCCAUCACACAAACCCACACCACCUGUUUGCGCAAACAGAUCCGUUGUUGGGGGGGCUGGCGGUGGGUGCGGGUGGCUGCCCUUGCCGGCCUUUCUCGUGCGCUCCCUAGCAGCUGCCUUGCCUUUGGCACGGCUGGUCUUGGGCCUCGCCGACGGCUGGCCCACAGCGAUGCCUCCGACGGCUGGCGGCGCUGCCGACAGCGGGGGGAGGGGCUGCAUGGGAUUGAGGGGACAUGAGAGCGGCGGGAUGAGGGAGAAGGGGCUGGGCGAGUCGUCACCGACGAGGGCAGCAGAUGAUGUGGACACCGGCACCAUCCCAGUGGGGCUUGUGUGGUAUGGGGUUCCCCCUGACGCGUCGGAUGAGAUCGGGAGGAAGGGAGGGGGCAGCGGGUGCACCGGGGGAUUGGGAAGAGCACCCGACGACUCGGGAGAGUCCGGUCCUUGUGGCUGCUUUCCAUCCGCUGGCACGGUGGGGUCUAUGCCCGCAGCUGCAGCCGUCUCCUGGUCUUGCUGACGCUCCUCUGAUGCAUUCGGCUUGUCCUUGUCGCCCGACCGCCUGGCUCGCUUGGACGCGGGACGUGGCUCAUCGUCACUCGAUCGCCCCCGCACCGCCCCUGCUGCGCGUGAGGACUCCGGCUCCUCCUCUGGCGGCCAAGUGGACGCCUCAGCGAUCGUCCAGAUGCCCAGCUCGUGGUAGGCGAUGUUGCGAUGCAUGACAGCCUGCUCAAAUUGGCCCCUCAGACAGCCGUAGGUCCAAUGGUCGAUUCCGAACUCCGCCCGCCUCACGCCCUUCUGGUGCUCGAUGUCCACCCGCCACCCAUACUGACAAUGGGCGUCACAGCGGGAGACGAACCGGAUGUGCAGGCGCAGGGGGGCCGGGGGGGUGUUGGCCACGACCAAACCAGCCGCUAACUGCACCAGCCGGCCCUCGGGCAGCGGCUGGUCGGUGGCCGUGGCAGAGGGACGGUCGGCUGGAUGUUUGAGAAACUGGGGCUUGAGAAGGACCCGCGUGUCGAUGGAAUGCUGCUGCUGUGGGGAGCCAGGGGCGCGGGGUGGGCCAGACGCAACCACGGGCAGCCGUGGAAGGACUGAAAACAAACAUGCAAUGGCGCACAUAUGCAUUGGCUGGGUUUCCAUUCUGACCUGGCGGAGCGGGACGGCCAACUUGAAAAGGUGGCUUCGGAAGCGAGCCGUCAUGGACCGGCCCACAUGCACCAGCGCCGUCUGUGUCUGCAGUGCAGACGACACAAGGCAGUGUCGUCCCCAUGCAUUCGUGCCUCGAUACCUCGGUCAGGCAAGGCACCGGCUUCGUGCUCGCGAGACGGCAAUGGAGCAAAGGGAUCCUGAAAGACGGAACAGAACACCCAUAAAUCACUUUCUCCGCGUCUGUCUGCCUGCGUCAUGUCACGCCCGCCCUUUUCCUUUCUUACCGGACUCGGUGGUGCAUUGUCGACAGCUGUGGUGCCGUUCUCGCCGGGGGCCUGCCUGUCUCUCGCGUCGGCCUCCUUGCGUUUGAUGGCCUCGAGGAUCUGAUUCAUGGGCUUGCCGCGACCUGGUGUUGAUCCGCCUCGCGCACCCGGGCUGGUGCCCUGCUGACUCAGCUGGUCCAUCGCACCAACGGCCUCUGCGACCGAUGCUGGCGACGGGUCGGCUGCCGCAGACAUGGCAUCGCCCGCCUGAUCUGCUGCCUCUGGAGCCGCUGAAGGCACCACUCGCUGCUUCUUUCCGCUCUGGCCUCUGCUCGACCGCGCCUUGGAAGCCUUCCGCUUCUUCUGCUGUUUCUCUGUCGGCGAGCUGUCGGAUCCCACCCCCAGCAAGCCGGCCGCCUCCUCCCUUGCCUGCGGUCCCACCUGGCUGGGGUCGACAUCUGAGGCCUGGAAGGUGAUGAAGCGGCCCUUGCUGUCACGCAGCGGCCGCCUGGACGGCGAGCGGGGAGGCGGGUCCCCAUCACCACCACCCCUCUUGCGGCUUCUGGCCCUGGAAUCGGACCUGCCGCAACUCGGGCUGGUCUCCCUCUUCCUGCUCGGUCGGUGGUCCUGUUGCUGCUCCUCCUUGACAGCUGGUAUCUGCUCCUUCUGCUCAGGGGGUGCUCCCAUCACGCUGCCGAAAGGAUUGUUCAUGGGGCGAGAGAUGAAGGGAAACCUGAAGGGGUUGAAGGGUGGCAUGCCGCGGAGCCACAGUGGUGGGAAGAGAGGGGGCAGCGGGGGAUAGCGUAUCAGGGGGGAAGUCGAUGGCCUCGGCGGAGGAGGUGCUUUCAGAAGGGGCGAGGGGCGCCUCGGUGCAAGGGGCGGGCGCUGCAGCUUCAGGUUGGGGUUUGGGGGUGAUUUGGGGGCAGCAGGGGGCGGGACCGGCGGCGGGGCUGAGGCCUGCUCUUCUUUGCGCCUCCUGCCGCGCGUCUCGAUGGGCUCCAUGGGCGGCACGAUGUAGAGCUUCUUGGGUCGCCGGACGGAUGAGGUGGCCUUGGAGGGCGCCAGGGCUGCGGGUGCUGGUGCAGUGGAAGCCACCUCAGCUGGCUCAGCAGUGCCAAUCUCAACAGAGGGCUGGUCACGAUCUUGCUCGUCCUCCCGGAAUGGCUCCUGCAGGGCAGGGCAGGGCACGCACACACUGACUGCUGUGUCUGUCGCCUGUGCGCUCGUCUGUGCGGUGCGUGCAUCGACCCACCCACCCUCCCUCCCACCUGUGUGCUGAUGAUGGUCUUGCCUUUCUCUACAGGCGUCUGAUCGGGGUCCUUGCUCGAGGGGGUCUGCUCGUCAUCUGCUGGCCGGCCUGAUGCCGCAUCGCUCGACGGACGCGCCACGUCGGCCCUGCCGUCCGGCUGGCUCGGUGAGGUCUUGGCCUUCACGGGGAUGAAAAGGCCGGGGAAGUGUCUCUGGAGGGUGGAGUUGAGGAGUGCCUGCUCGGGCGGCAUCUGGCGGCUGUCCGUGACGGCCUCGAAGGGCAUGUCCUGGUGUCGCUUGCCCCGCUCCCUCCUUGGCUGAGGGCUCUCGUCCUGCCCCGUCCGCUGCAGCUGCACCCUCUCACCCCUCUCGCGCCUGGAGCCGCUCAUGUGUUUGAGGAACUCCAGCUCCAUGUCUUUCACGCCACCCCCGCCCGCAGCCUUCUUGCCAUCGGUCGCCUUGGCAGCCAUGCCGGUCUUGUUGCCACUGGCCGCCCCUCUUGUCCUGGCCCCCAUGCCCACUCCCAAUCCGCUGAACGGUGAUGCGCCGUGAUCCUCGCAACGCCACUCGUCAUCGGCUUCCUCUCUGCCGUACGGCCGUCGUGCCAGCGGGCUGUCGAGCUCCGAUGCAUCCUGCUGCACCGUCCCUGGGUCGUCUGACUCGUUGUCCUCGUCUGACGGCAGCUUGUCUGGGGAGGGGUCGGGCUUGGCCUUGUCAGUGGGGGCUUGGCGAUCCCGUCUCGCCGCAGUGGGGCCGAUGCCGAGCUCCAUCUCCUUCUUGCGUCUGGCCUUCAUGGCCCGCUGGACACGGCGGUCGCGCAGGCGCUGGUCCUCCGCCUCGGCGUGGAAGCCGAAGUCAAGAAUCAAACCCAACUCGACAGGCAGGCCGCGGGAUCGCCAUUCCUCGGCAAUGGCCUGCCUGCGGUCACGCUCCUUCUUCUGCGCGCGGCGCUCACGCUCAGUCAUGCCGGCAGCUCCCCCCUUGCCGCCCUUCUUCUUGGCCGCUGCUGCCUUCUUCUUGGAUCGGCCCGCAUCGGGUGAGCCGCCCAUCAGACGCUCCGACAUGGCACGUGCGAACAGCUUGGCCUCCAGCUCGACCGGGCUCCUCUGGGCGUACUCGUCACGCAGUCGCACCAGUUGCCGUGCUGCCUUCUCCUGCCGACGGCCAUCAUCUGGGGUCGGCUGCUGUUGCCUCUCGUGCUCGGGCGUCUUGACGCCGAACGAGGGGCCGAAUAUGCCCUCAGCGACCUGCUGGGUGGCGGGAUCGAAAAACCCUGGUGCACAGGGGUUCAACACAGGUGCCGACAGAGACACAGGAGGGGGCCGCGAACCCGGCAUGAGGGCGAAGAAGGUUUGCGGGGGCUGGUCAGCACCCUGUGUGGGCAGGCCAUCAGCGGUGGGGGGCACGUCUGCCGAGGGGAUGGGUGAGAAAGGGGGAGCGGGGAUGAAUGACGGAGGGGCAGAGCGGUCGGCAAGAGGGCUGAAGUCAUCCUUGCUGGACUCGUCGCCCAGCCAUGAGCGCGUGCUCUGGUCGGUGAGCUUGCUGAUGGACUUGAGGGGGAAGCAGUCGUCCUGAGACUCCUUCCUCACAGGCUCACACGCAUCUCUCAAACUGACGAGAAAAACCGACACAAUGCGUUGAGAUGUGUUCGACACUCCCAUCUAUGUGUUGCUCACGUAAGCAAUGCCAUGGCGGCCUCGUCAACGGUGGUCCUCUCCCCCAACUCAUGCUCCUCCUCAUCUUGCCCCACACAGAGCGACGCAGGUGCACCAAACGCCCGCAGCCACGCCUUGCGGUGCCUGAAGUGUCGGAUGGGCCUGUGGUAGAGCAGGAUGGGGGGAAUGGCAUCGGUGCGACGACUGGUCUCCCGGGGCGGUGGCGAUGGCUCUGACGGGCGAGUUGAGCUGGCCCCCUUCCUCGACGUCAGCCGGGGGCCGGUGCGCUUCCUGAUCGGUGCACAAACAGGAAAGGAAACCAUCCAGUGCUCGUUUCUAGCUGUGUCUGCGUGUCGUGUCGUCGCACCUCAGGCACAUGCCGGCAUCUUGCAGUCCCUCCCAGACCGCCGGCAUCGCGCCAGGGAGGUACUUGCCGCCGCCCGCCGCCCUAUAGUACUCCUUGAGCUGCUUGUGGUCCGUGGCUGUGGGGUGCGGCUCGCGAAUAAUGCGCUUCCCGAACUCGGGAUCGUCCAGAUUAUGGGAUGUUAGCCGCCCCCGCCGACCCGCCCAGCCAUGAGUCAUGCCCGGCCGCUUCCCUCCUGCGUCGUCCUCUGGCUCGGGCCGCGAUGAGGGCGUCGUCUGACCUGAGAACCCCCAUGGCUGAUCCGAUAGCUGUGGUCCGUCUGCUGAGGGGGUCUCUUGGCCUUCUGGGGUCCCCUCUGGCCGUGGCCUGGGUCUCAGGACUGGCCGAGAUGUGUUGGAGGGCGCCACGGACGCCGGUCUCUGCGGGGGUGAGAAGACUGGCACUCCGAAGGCGAUCGAAGAAGAUGGCGGGGCGUUGCGCCACCUGUCCAUCCAGACCUCGAUGGGCGAUGCCGCCGCCACGGUCGAGCUAGGGUGCUGCUGGAGGAUCAUGGCAGCCGCCGACAUCUGAGGAGCAGCCGCCGACCCCUGCUGGGGGUGAAUCCCAUCGACAGACGCCUCCUUCUCUCCUCCCCGCGACCCUCCCGCGCCAUCGCCAUGAACAUGCCGUUCCUCCUUGUCGCCAGCGACGCUCCCCUCCGCUGGUGACUGCCCCCUGUAAGCGGCCGUUGCAUGCUUGCGCUCCAUGGGUGUGUUUUUGCCGCUGGAUGACGGGCUGGGCAUCUGUGCCUUGACGGAUGACGGCUGCCGGCUGAUGAUCCCUGGCUGGGACGAGUAGGCAGGGCCGCCAGAGGGGCGACGGCUGGGACGGAGAGGUGCCUGGGAGGCUGGGUUAGGGGCGGCAGCAGCAGGUUCUGCAGGAACAAUAUCUUGCUCCACGGCCUGCUGUGACAUGCUCAACUGUACCUAAGGGCAGAAAUCGACAGCAUGCACAGGCAGAAAAGCAUAUAGCGACGCGCCACGGAGAUCUCCGUGUCACAUGCAGCAUCUAGUCAGUCUCAAAGCAUGACAGGCAGAUCCACAGCCUCUCUGAGCCCCUGACCAGCCCCAUGGAGGCCCAGAAGGCCCGUCACGCCAGAUCUUUGACUCACCGAUCGAAACGCAGCCUCAGCGGGAGAAACGCCUCAUACUGUCCCCUUGGUAAAGCCUCGAUCCACCACAGUCCUCCAACGACCGUGAAUUCCCUUCGAAACUCGGGAAAACGGCAACUUGACGCCGCCGGAUGAGCUCGCGGGAUGGCGCCUUUCUUUCUCUUCAAACCGGACAAGAGACCGUCGCUUCCUGCGGCAGAUGCUCAGAUAGAGAGCCUUCUUUGCACCGGAAGAACCAGGGCGACAGCAUCUCGCAGGAGAGGCCGGGGGUCCGGUGGAAAAGGAAGCCGGCUCGAGACGAGCUGCUUACGAGUCUUGAGGCACCGGCAUCUAUGGGAUG